AAUGGCGAAAAUAUUGUACAUCACACAAGCGUAUUCUCACACGAAUUUGUAAUCGUUCCAGCGGCACGCGCUGCCGCCUCCAUUUCCCACGCUACCGGCACCGCCCACCGCCGGACUUCCUCACCCGCGGCUCCGGCGGCGCCACCGCCCACCGCCGGACUUCCACCGCCCGCCCAAUGGUAUGAUGUGUAGAUGUAGUCCGGAUACGUGCAGCGGGAGCGCGGGCGGAGCUGGAGUAUGGCCAAUCUAGAGGGCAAAGGGAGGUAAAUUAAGGAUCUGGUAAUUGGAACGAUCCCCAUUCCUGCAGACUCAUAGUGUGAUUCAUUGAAUCAAGCUAACAAACUGACUGAAAAUUACCUCAUCAGUGCUGAGUCUAGAUCAUAACUAACUUUAUACAGAAAACAUUGAGUUGUACAACAUGUAUGAUGUAUCUGUAUCAACUUGUUCAAUCUCGGUUAACUGGAACCAAUUUAUGAAAAGGUGGUUAUCACUUCCCUUAAUCUCUGCUCAGGUUGUUGUUUUCACCAUUUUCCUUACUGUAGAUCACUUGGUGUUGUGCAUUCCCGUUCUUUCUGUAUGAUGAUCAAUUUUUUAGACUAAACUCAGGUCCAAGUCUCCCAAGUCCACUAAAGACUUGACUAAUAAGUCCAUCCACAAUUUCUUUCUGUCAGUUUCCUUGACUGUCAAAAUACUACUCCCUCUGUCCCUAAAUAUUUGACGCCGUUGACUUUUUUAAACAUGUUGGACCGUUCGUCUUAUUCAAAAAAUUUAAGUAAUUAUUAAUUCUUUUCCUAUCAUUUGAUUCAUUGUUAAAUAUACUACUACUACUCAAGUUUUUUAAUAAUAUUCACAAAAGUUUUUUAAUAAGACGAACGGUCAAACAUGUUUAAAGGAGUUAACGGUGUCAAAUAUUUAAGGACGGUGGGAGUAGUAUUCAGUAGUUUACACUUCACAGGGUCUAACAAAAGCCAUUCCCUGCUUAGAAUUGCCAGUAGGUUUCUUCAGCAUACAAUUACUAUCUCAUCUCAAGGAACUGCAGUAGACUCUUCCACCUGGACAAUGUUCCCACAUAUUCUCUUCCUAUCCCUGCUGCUCUUGGUUCCUGAAGACCCCAAUUUUGCCGCUGGAGCUUCAGCCAAUGAGUCAUUCAUUACUUUGGGAUCCUCUAUCAACACAAGCAGCACCCAGUACUGGUCCUCCUCUUCAGGCCGCUUUGCGUUCGGCUUCUAUCCCAACGGCGAAGGCUUUUCUAUUGGGGUGUGGCUUGUGAUUGGUGUGUCAAGGACAAUUGUGUGGACUGCCAACCGUGAUGAGCCCCCAAUUGCUGGUGGUUCUAUCAUAUUUGGGCAUGGUGGUGCGCUCCAAUGGUCACGAACUCCAUCAACUCCAGGUAGCCAACUGAACCCCAUAUCUGACAGUUCUACACCUGCUGCCUCUGCUGCCAUGUUGAACACCGGCAACUUUGUACUGUAUGAUAUGAACAGACAGGUCAUAUGGUCUACUUUCAGUUUUCCGACAGACACAUUGUUGGCAGGUCAGAACUUGCGUCCAGGCAGAUUUCUUCUUUCAGGUGUCUCUCAGAGUAAUCAUGCCAGUGGCAAGUAUAGGCUUGAGAACCAACAAGAUGGCAAUCUUGUGAUGUACCCAACAGGCACCAUUGACUCUGGUAGUGCGUACUGGUCUACCUGGACUUUCAACAUGGGCCUCCUCCUCACGCUUUCCUUAGAUCCUAAUGGUACCAUAUGGAUGUUCGACAGGAAAAACUCCUAUACAAAGAUACUGUUCCAUGCCAACCAGCCUUCCAAUGCCUCCCCUGAUAUGGAAAUUUACUAUCGUCUGACAUUUGAUCCCGACGGCAUCCUACGACUCUACUCACAUGUUUUCUUUAAGCUUGGCAGGGCACCUACAACAGAGGUUGAGUGGCUUGAGCCUGGCAGUGAUCGCUGCCUUGUGAAAGGUGUUUGUGGUCCGAAUAGCUUCUGCCAUCUCACCGUGACUGGAGAGACAAGCUGCUCUUGCCUUCCUGGUUUUGAAUUCUUGAGCACUAACCAGAGCACACUUGGUUGUUGGAGAGCAUUGCCAACCGGUGGCUGCGUGAGGAACAGCUCUAACGAUGAGACGAGAGUGACAACCACGAUGGUCGAAGUGAAGAACACUACUUGGUUAGAGAACCCGUAUGCUGUUCUACCAGCCACAACUAGUAUUGAAGCCUGCAAACUACUUUGCCUCUCCGAUUGUGCUUGCGAUAUCGCCAUGUUUAGUGAUUCCUACUGCUCAAAACAGAUGCUUCCCAUUAGAUAUGGCAGGAUGCCUGGUAACACCACACUCUUUGUGAAGAUCUACACUUACCAGACCAUAUCCGGUACUCGCCAAAGGGCUAUGAGUAUCCAUGCAAAUUCUGCAUUGAUAUCAGGGGUUUCCUUGGCCAUCUUUUCUCUGUUUGUGCUAUUAGUGGCAUCUCUAUUACUUAUCUGCAGGCAUCGGCGAUCAUUGGCGCACAUGACGAUGACGGCACCACGGCAAGAGGACUCCAGGAUUGAUGGGAACAUUGUUGGCCUCAGAUCCUAUUCUUUCCAGGAACUAGAUUUGGCAACAAAUGGUUUCGGCGAAGAGCUUGGCAAGGGGGCAUACGGGACAGUAUUCAAAGGUGUCGUGGCCGACACCAACCAGGACAUCGCUGUGAAGAGGCUCGAAAAGAUGGCUGAGGAUGGGCAGCGUGAAUUUAACAGGGAAGUGCGUGUGAUUGCAAGAACACACCACCGGAACCUGCUGCGAUUGCUUGGUUUCUGCAAUGAGGGCAUUCAUCACCUGCUUGUGUAUGAGUACAUGCCAAAUGGAUCCCUGGCAAACCUCCUCUUUCACUCAGAUGCCUCCCCUGCCUGGAGCAAGAGGGUUGCAAUUGCACUAGAUGUUGCCAGAGGGUUGCAAUACCUGCAUUCAGAGAUAGAGGGCCCAAUAAUCCACUGCGAUAUCAAGCCAGAGAACAUACUCAUUGACAGUUUGGGGAUAGCUAAGAUUGCUGACUUUGGGCUAGCAAAGCUACUGAUUGGGAACCAAACAAAGACAUUCACCGGCAUCCGAGGAACCCGGGGCUAUCUAGCACCGGAGUGGAGCAAGAACAGAGCAAUCACCGUGAAGGCAGACGUGUACAGCUACGGGAUCAUGCUUCUGGAGGUCAUAAGCUGUAAGAAAAGCAUGGAUCUGAAGCGGGCUGGGGAGGAGUACAACAUUUCCGAGUGGGCAUAUGAGUGUGUGAUGUUUGGUGAUGCUGGCAAGGUGGCAGAUGGUGUCGACGAAGCUGAGCUGGUGAGAAUGGUGAACGUCGGCAUUUGGUGCACACAGAGUGAACCUGUGAUGCGACCAGCGAUGAAGAGUGUUGCUCUUAUGAUUGAAGGUGCCAUCGAAGUUCACCAGCCCCCACCCCCUGCAUCAUAUUCGCAGUCACUAACAUGAGCUGCAAGCAUAAUUCUGAAAAAAUGAUGAAGUUUGCUUGAAGCGCUGCAAAGUACAGCAAGGGUCGUCCGUCUAUCACCAGUUCAAAUACAUGAGCUUGCAUCAUGGAACACCCUGAAAAUUGACAACCAAGUCUUUUACAUUAUGCAGCUAUAAGUUUUACAUUUUGAUCGGUAGAAUGCUAUGGAUGGCAUAAGUACAGGAACGGUCCUAGCAGAUGCUGUUAUGCUAGAAGUCUAAUAGAUCAUUUCAGUGCAGGAAAAUAUAUGAUGAAUCAUGUACUCUGUUUCUGAUAUGGAAUAAAGUUUAUGAGUUCUAAAAAAAAAGUACAGGAACGGAAAUCCAUUUUCGUCUGCGAUGGAGCCUUGAUUUUUA